AUGAGCGCUCUUUGGACUGUCAAAUCUAGCACAAACUCUCUUCGUCCAACCGGUGAAGGAGUACCCCUGAGUCCUCCUGCAUGUCCCACGAAAAUGGUACUACAGCAACAGCGACAAGCGAGACAAGUUCGCCUAGAGGUUCUCAACAAACGUCUCAAAGCUGAAGAAGCCAAAGCACGAGUCGAAAAAUUCAUAACUAGACGAGCUCAGGAGUUCACCGCAAAGAUCGUAUUUUUGGUCGCCGAGCUUUUCCCGAAUCUUGCGAUGCCAUCGUCUCCGCUGGUCAAAUUAAUUGGUUUUGGUUCGUACAACAAAGUGUUCAGUAUCACCAUUGAGCAGCCUGUACCUCAUGCCAGUUCUGGAGACUCGCUUGCUGGAGCAAUGAGUAGACUAUUCCGCGCACCCUCAAGGCCGCUACCGGUAGAGUACGCAUUACGAGUGCCAAAAUGUUCACUUAAUCUCAGUGACGAAGCUCGAAAUCUUGCCCGUUUGAAGGUAGUUGGCGCACGAGCAACCUUCCCGGUCCCAAAGGUUCUUGCAUACGAUCAUAGCGCGGAUAAUGUUCUGGGCUUGCCAUAUGUAUUGCAAGAGCGUCUUCACGGCAAUGACCUUGCACAUACUUGGGAGAUCCUGAAUUCCGAUCAGAAAACCUCAUUGAUUCCACAGCUCUGCAAAAUCAUCGAACAAAUGGCUAACAUUACCUCGCCAGCUGCAGGUGAAAUAUCACUAGAGAAUCUUACCUGCUCAAGCGAUGAAGCCAUCAAGAUUACACAAUUUCCAGUGCCUAAUGAGGUAGCUGCAGCUAGUGACCAGGAAGCUGCUGAUGCUAACAAUAUUCCGUCACCGAUUCAAACGCCACUGGAGUACCUACAAGAUCACUGCCGUCGCUGGUACAACUAUGAAAGGGCAAAAGGACUACGAAAUAGACUCAAAAUAUGGUCCCAGUUCCAAGUCAUUGCUCGCUCUCUCGACCGCUUAGGAUUUCUCGGUGACUGCUUCCACCUUUCACACGGAGACUUUUUCGCACGCAACAUCAUGGUCGCAGUAAAGAACUCUACGACCGCGGAAAUCACUGGAAUCCUAGACUGGGACAUGUGUGUCUUCGCGCCAAAAUUCGUCGUAUUGACUGCACCUUACUGGGCUUGGCCCGGAUUGGAUUCUUGCACAUGGUCUGAAGACAACACAGAUGAUCGCUACAGCAUGAUGCUGCAGGAUGCCUUCAAAGAUGUCGCAUCGCCCGAACUACUUCGCUUCGCUAUGUCGGAUGAGUGCGUCCUCGCCAAUCUGUUGUGGAAGUCUCUGGUGACGGGUACGCAAAUUCCUGAACAGCAAGUCGAAGCUGCUCGUCUGAUCCGAGAUUGGGCUUUGAUACAUCCUGAAGACAAGGAUGAGCUUGAGAACUGUUGCUAA